UUGUCUAUUGAUUCGUCGUUGCCUGUCGUUGCCCCACCGAUAUUUUUGUGAAAUAAAAUUAUACUAAAAUUAUCUAUAUAAAUUUUAGUAAUAUACUAAAGAGAAAUAUUUAAUAGUUUAUGAAAUAAAUUCACACGACUAUACGCUUUGUUUAAGUUGGUGUAGAAAAUAUUUUUAAUGAAUAAAAUAGUUCUCAAUGUCCUCAUCGGUCUGAUGCUCGUCUCCUUUCGCUGAUUACUAGCUUUCGAUCGAAUUUUCACACAAUCCGUAAUAAACAAUCACGAGUUUUCUGUGGCAUUUUACAUUAUCAUCGAUCGUGUCUGCUGGUGUAGUGGAGUGGUGCAGUGCAGUGUUUGGAAUCUGUGUCGCAAUGUAUCAUUGAGCGAGGGCGGCGGCGCUGACCUACGGGAUCCCUGGUCGGGGGUGUCAUGUUGGAGACGCGGUCGAUGCGCGCCGCUGAUUCGGUGUGGGCGAGCAAACCGCUGCCGGCACCACACGCCAUGGCCAAUACCAGGCAUGGAAAAAAUGCUCAGGACGAUGUGUGCUACGUCGUAGCGAAGUAUGACUAUACAGCGCAGGGCGCGCAGGAGUUGGACCUGCGCAAGAAUGAGCGGUACUUACUGCUGGACGACUCCAAGCACUGGUGGCGCGUACAGAACGCGCGCAGCCAGUCCGGCUACGUGCCCAGCAACUAUGUCAAGAAAGAGAAGCCCUCACUGUUUGACAGUAUUAAGAAGAAGGUGAAGAAGGGCUCGGGGUCGAAGACGCUGCCGUCGAGCAACUCGCCGGUGCGCGGCGGCGCGGAGUCGCCGGCCGGCGCGGCGGGCGCGGCGGGCGCGGCUGGCGGGCGGCGGGCCGAGCCGGCGGACGCGCUGGGCGCCGCCGUGGUGAAGUACAACUACCAGGCGCAGCAGCCCGACGAGCUCUCGCUCACCAAGGGCACGCGCAUACUCAUCCUCGAGAAGAGCAACGACGGCUGGUGGCGCGGCCAGUACCAGGGCCACACCGGCUGGUUCCCAUCGAAUUACACGAGCGAAGAGGGCGACAACGAAGACUCUGUACAUACGUACGCGAUGGCGGAAAAUGUUCUCGACAUUGUGGUGGCGCUGUACUCGUUUACGUCUAACAACGAGCAAGAGCUGUCGUUCGAGAAGGGCGACCGGCUGGAGAUCAUCGAGCGGCCGCCGUCAGACCCCGAGUGGUACCGCGCGCGCGACUCGCGCGGCCAGCUCGGCCUCGUGCCGCGCAACUACCUGCAGGAGCUGGCCGACUACCUCACGCAGCCCUACGGCGAGCCGGGCGCGGGUGGUGCUGCUGGCGGCGGCGGUGGUGGUGGCGGUGGUGGCGCGGGCCGCGCGUGGUACUACGGCGCCAUCACGCGUACGCACUGCGACGCGCUGCUCAACCAGCACGGACACGACGGCGACUUCCUCAUACGCGACUCCGAGACCAACGUGGGCGACUACUCGGUGUCGCUGAAGGCGCCGGGCCGCAACAAGCACUUCCGCGUGCACGUGGAGGGCAGCCUGUACUGCAUCGGGCAGCGCAAGUUCCCGUCGCUGGAGCAGCUGGUGGCGCACUACCAGCGCGCGCCCAUCUACACCAACAAGCAGGGCGAGAAGCUCUACCUCGUGCGCCCGCUGCCGCGCGCCGCGCCAGCGCCCUCUGCCUGCUGAGCGCCGCCACCACCGCCCGCCUCUACCUGCAGUACUCGCUUCUUCGUAAAGAGAAUGGUAACUUUGCACGUAGUACAAGUGUGAGCUGGCUCGUCGAUUUUUUACACGUGUAACUCGAGGCCUAGUACUAAAAGAUCGAGGUGAACGAAAUAGUUUUUUCAAUGAAAAACUAUAUGUGUUAGAAAAAUAAAUAUGACUCAUUAUUAUAUAUCCAGUCUUCAGUUAAUUUUACUGGACAACUUCACAGUAACUUAGUUAAUGUCUUACAACAGGAGGUUUUAACAAUUUGAGCUUCUGAAGUAUAACGUCAUGGACACUUUCAAAGUGUGUGAAACAUAACAUUUUUCGUAAUUAUUACUCAACGAGUUAAUAUCAGAGAAAAUCAAUUAUAUUCCACUUAAUCAUAAUAAAAAAAAUACAAUAAAUAAGAGAAAUUUAUGGUUCGAAAUCAAAAGGAUCCAAUAAAACAGUGGGAGUAUCCCAAGGGUCAAUUAUGGGUCCCUUCAAUUAUGUUACGUAUUUUUUAAAUAUACCAAAUGGUACACUUUGGAAGACGAAACUUAUUAUUUGGACCUCAAUUUUUAAUUGGUAAUGAUGUUUUUUAGUUUUUAUAACAUUGGGCUUGUUACCUUAAACCUUUUUUUUAGUAUAGGGCCUUGAAUUUACAUGCAUUCGUAUAUUUAUAACCUGUAUAAAGGACAAACGGCCACAUUGAGUAUAUUGUAUGAACUAUUAGAGCUGAUAUUGAAAUUUCUGCUUACAGAGGUCUCUGAUUAUUUCCUGUAUCUGGCGCGUAAACUAGAGACUAGUUCAAAUGACUUUUUGGCGGUAUUAGUACUGAUCAGGCAGUUGUGAUAUAAAAUAGCUGAUAGCUGCAUCAGUGAGACAGGCUUAUUCAUAAACAUACCCAAAUUGAUUUAUUAAUUCAAAUUUAAUAUAUGACAGCUAGUACGUUCUUUGAAAAACAGUUUUUUUUUUUCAUGAUUAGUACGGAGUCUUUGUCUUAAAGUUGUACCGAUGCUAAACGACAGGAAUUUUGUCGGAUUAAAUACGAAGUAGGCAGCGCAUUUUCCGCAACAAUUUCAGUUGUAAAUAUGAUCUGUAUAAAAAUAAAUAUAUUUUCUCAAUACCCACGGCCUCGAGACAAAUGCCUAAAUGAUAACCAAGCAAGAUUGUAGCCAAUUUUGUAGGCAUGCAUAUGAAAUAAUAAUGAAUUAGUUAAUAAAUUAGUGUUGAUUACAGCAUAUUAUUUUCUAUUGCAUCUUUGUCUAAUAACUUUAAUGUUUCCUCACAUACCUAGUUCAUCAAUAUUAUCAACUAUUGCGACGAAUCAAAGCAGCAAAUAAUGUAAUAACACAUUGCUUGUAAUAUCUACUAAAAUUUUUUUACUUGUCUACAUCGCAAAUAUUAACUUUAUCUGCAUUUAUAAGUUCAUUCCAAUAAUAAUAUAGUAACUGAUACGACCGGCCGCCAUUAAGGAAGGGUUACGCAUUUUAUAGUCGAAUAAAAAAAUUUAGUGGAUUCCUCACGUGUUGCGGUUAUUAGACAAUCGCGUAAUAUUAAAGCAACGUUUAGGAAACGGAAGUCUAUUGGAAAAAUGUAUUUACCUUAUAUUGUUCCACGAUACGUUGAACCCUAUUUCGGGGCUGGAACACGCCAGUUAUGUAUCGUAUCUGUGAGGUAUCUGUCAACUUCCCCCUACCAUAUACUCUAUUCUAGUGUAAUGAUGCGUUGAUGCAACGCCAAACCUUUGAUGGAUUACAAUAAAACCAAAAAUUGGCUUCAUACCGCAUCUCUAAUGAUAUCUAUAAGCGUUCUAUAUCAUAUUGUUUAGGUGUAAGUUUCCGUAAGGAUGUAGUGUAAUUUUUAAAUGGUUUUAAAGUAAACCGGAAUUUAUAGAUAAUGUACUGUCAUCGAUUAACACAUUGUGUGUAUACAAUGGGUUCGCUUCUGAAGCAUUCUCAAUCUCUGAAAGUAAUUUUUAAAGCGAGAAUAACAAGAGUCAGAAGUAAUUUUUAACUAUUACACUGCUUUGUCGCUUUCUUUCAAAUGUGGAAUUUAACAAAAAAGAAAGAGACAAAACAGUUCAAUAGCUAAAAUAGUUUAUAGAAGAGACGAUGUUUUUACGAAAAAGGUGGUUAUUUCUUAGUGGUAAGUGACGUAAAACUUUGAAAACCUUAAUUUUAGGGAUAUACCCAUUUCAGAGCGACCCCAAUGUUAUAUAUACUAUGUUUGAUUGAUGUCACAUCUCCAUAGUACCUACGAAUGCUUCAGAUAAAAAUAUUAUGUGAUCAUUAUAGAUUGUAAUGUAUACAUUAACUCCUCUAUUCAUAAAUUAAUAAGCCUAUUUUCCCUAAUAGAUGUCACUUCUCUUUCGAGCUGUAUUUAUAACUUGGAAGCGACACAGUGCUAAUAGUUAAAAUAGGUUUGUUAGUCAUUUUAUGAAUAGGUUAGGUUACGGUUAGGUUCGCGCACAGUACAAUUUGUGGUUAAGGAUGUUUCUAUAAAGUUUUUAACCUGUUUUACUUUGCAUGUUGUUCAUACUAUUAUGCUACUUUUUAUACGUAAAAAUAAUGUAUCAAUCAGUGUAGAAUUAGGGUAUAGUAAUUGUGUACACUGACAGGCACGAUUACUGGCCAGCACUCGUAUACGUCAGUCAAACAGUUUUGCCAACACUAACGUAGAUAUAUCUGGAGAAAUUAUUCUAAAAAGUCAAUUCGUACUUCUACAUUUUGUAUCAUUGAUUCAGGUACUACUAUCAAGAAUUGGCUUCCUGGAGAUUAUUUACCCCAAAGUUAUACAUAUAAUAUGUAUAAAAUCUGGCAACACCACUUUAUUUUUUAAAUUAUUCAUGAUCAUGUAUGCAAAGUAUUCCAAAUUCGAAUGUGAUGGCAACCCUAUUCAUGAUAGUUAUAAAUAGUGUUGCCAUAAAAAAUAAUCCUUCGUCGUUUUGUACUGCGCGCGUACCGUUGCCACAGCUAAAUGGAUUUAUAAUAUAUAUGUUGUGAUGUUUGGCAACAUACAUUUAUUAUGUAAGUCAUUGUCGGGGAAGAUCGUGGAAUGUUAGGCGAGGUGGGAUUUUGUACUUUUUUAGAAUGGCCACGUGCGGUGGCCGCGUACCAACUAUUGAUGUUUUAAAGUCUGACUAGUGAGAUUGCAUAGUCGUUAACUCUAUCUCUGUCAACUGCUACGUUUUAGUGUUGUGACAACGAAUUAGUGUCCCAUAUUGACGUACCUGCGAGCUAAGCUACGACCUCAGUUUAAAUGUACAUUGGCCAUUUAUUUAUAGUUUUAGCCGACUUGGAAAAUGAGAACUAUAAUUUGAUUAUUUACUGUUCUUACACUAUGAAAUUGUAUCCAAGUUUAGUAGGUCAAAAUAUUUAAAUACAUUCGAGUUUUUAUAAUAUUCAUUUAAUAAUAUUUGAGACUCUUUUUAAAUUGUUAAUUAGAGUAAUUUGUUUAACUCGCUUCACUUUCGAAAACUAAUAUUUCAGGUUUCUUAGUUAAGAUAUAUAGUGGUAUUUCGCUUUAACAUAAUAUAAAAAAAUUCUAUUGUAAUCAUUAUAAAUAAAAAUUAAUUAUUCUUUGGUUUUUUGUUUGAUGGCAAUUCUAUGUAUAAUAGCGUCAAAUUGUCGCGAAUAGUGUUGCCAUAAAAAAGAAUUCGAAUAAGGCUUAUAGGAAAAAAAUGAAAUUUUGGACAUAAUGUCUGCCGAGUUAGCUAGUAAUAAUUUAUAUAGAAUUUAAGACUAAUGUCAUUUAAACUGUCGUUGUGGGGGUGGAAUCUUAACGGUUGGUUCCCGCUGAUGUGACUGCCGCUAGUCAAUACGCCGACAUCACAAAAUGCUUAGCUUCACUGUAUCUGAUUUAUUAUACACCGCUGUCCCUAUACUAGUACCAAUACGUUAUACUAAAUUAAAUUACUUUGAGGGAAACGAAAGCUACUCAGGACAAAGAUAUGGUAGGCUAUUGCAUUUCCUUUGUCUGUUAAUAUAGUUUAAGACUAAUAUUAGUGUACAUUCAAAUUUCGAACACAUUAUUGAGAUGUUUCUCUACUGAGGUUCAGGCUGUAUGGCUUAGUUCCUUCGCCUUUUCCAUUGUGGAUAAAUUAAUACUAUUACUGAGAUUUUUUUGCAAUUUAACUAUUUAAAAAUGUGUAUAUAAAAAAAAGAGCUAUGAAUAACAUAAGGUAAGGGGUCUUGUUAUAAAGGCGUGAGGAUGUAGUCGAAUAGUAUCGCUGAAUCACUUUCAGACCUAUCAAAGUAAUUUAUUAGAUAUGCCAAUGGGUUAUAAUUAAAAUUGGUACUAAUAUAUAUUCAGUUAUUUUAGUUGUGAGAACUAACAAUGGCAGCUCAGUUGUUGUAUUAUGAUUAAUUUGCAAUUAUACACAUGUAGAUAUUAAAAAAGUAGUUUAAAAAAAAUUUAUAUCGACUAUGUUCCGUUUGGAACUGUAAUAUUUAGAUUUUUUUUUUUUUAUGUUGUAAACUAAGAAUUUUUGAUAGUACAUACACAUUUAUAAAGCUUUUUAUCAUCCAAUGAUUUACAUGUCAACAAUUAACCGAAAACAUUGUCAAAUGUAUCGUCCAAAAUGUAUUUUGUAACACUCCACGUGACAAGUAUUAAUAGCGUCUAAAAUGUAAAUGGAUUUAUUUUUGUAUGAACUUUUUGUUUACAGCUAUAAUCGUUUUUGUAACGCACCAAGUUUUGUACGCGAAUUGUAGCAGGUAAGGGUCAUGUUGUAUAGGUCUCUAACGAUGUGUUUAUAAAAUGCAGAAGCGGUCAUUGCAUUGGUGAGUAUUUAGCGAUUUAGUAAACGGGAUUAGGCUUUUAUAAAUAGCUUUAUUUAGUUUUUUUUUUUUUUUGAAGGCGCCAAUAAAAUAUUUUGUUUUUUUUAUACUUGGCAAUUUUUGUAACAAAAUGUUGCCAUGUAUGUAUGAAAUUAGUAAUUGGAAAAUGAGACAUAUAAAAGAAUAAUAUUAGACAAUAAUACAUAAUUAAAACGAAAAUGUUUGUUGUUUUAGCUAUUUGUUUAUUUUAUACAUUAUUUUGUUAAAAUACAUGUCAAGUUUGUUUACUAAAUGUGCCAAGUAUAAAAAUAGACCCUGGUUUUGUUUAAACAUUAAAGAACGUAAAUUAGUAAUGCUAUAAAAAAAUCUAAAUCCCUUAUCGAUGCAAUGAACUAUUGUAUUAAAGCAAUGUACUUUAUUAUACCAUUAGAAUGCACCUAAGAAAAGUUUUUUUUUUUUUUAUAUUAUAAUCAAGUGUGUUUCAAAUAUAAUAGUCAAGUGUGUUUAUAUUAUUUUAACAUUACUGAUUACAGUGUUACAAGUACAAGAUGGUGGUUGUGUUUUUUUUUCAAGUAACCAAUUAGGAGUGACUCACAGACAAUACAGUCGAGUGACAUUUAAAAAAAGUAAUAACGGAAAUACUACCGAUGACCAUAGACAAUAUACUCGGGCCCACUAGCGCCAUCUUACGCUUGUCGCACUGUACUUUUUGAACGAUCAACGAUUUAUUUUAGCGAUGCGCCCCGGAUUCGUCGUGGUGACGAGUAGCACUUUAAUUGAAUGUGAUACAUUUGAGAUAUGACUUGUGUUAACCCUUUGUUUUAUACAUCGCGUAGAUUUUACACCAAUAAUAUAAUAGUGUCAAGUAGAAGCAUUUGGUAGCGAGCGGCGCAUGUCCUAUCACACAGUCAUAUCUUAAGCCGACAAUCGUAAGUUACUAGAUCUUUUUGAUGUAUUUAAUACGUUUUGUACUCAAUAUUGUAAUUAGAGUAAUGCGAGGCAAACUCAACGUAGGGAUUUAUUAGGGAAGAGAUUUAUAGGUUUAUAUAUAUACAUUAUGCGCGGUUGUUCUGCCCGUUUUAUUUCCAAUCGACAUUUCUGUAUUGUGGAUAUUGUUCGGUGACAAUUCUGAUGAUAUUGCAAGUUGUAUACGUCGAAGUAGUAUGACCUUAUUUUUUAUUUUGCUUGUAUUAAUCUCAAUGGUUAUAUAGAUUGGAAUGGAAAAGGAUACGGACCUAAUAUUUUGCCAUAGUAUAUAUAUAUAUAUAUAUAUAUAUAUAUAUAUAUAUAUAUA